UAAAACAAGGUGAUAAGAUAAAAUAGCAGUUUAGGAUAUAAACAAUGGAUAUUUAUUAUACUUGAACACUUUAUCUGUGGCAUUUUAUCAAGGUUUAGCCGUUUUAGUAAUCGUUGAAGUGAUUUAGGUUUUAUUUAACGCGUAAUAAGGAAGCUAACCUAAAUAAAGCAAGAAAAUGCCACACCACCACGAUCAUCACCACCAUCACCACCACCACAAUCGUGGAAUAAUUGGUGAAAUCAUCCACGACGUGCUACAUCCCAAUCACCAUCACCAUCAUCACCAUCACGGACCUCCUCCACCACCGCCAAUAAUUCCAGUACCAGUUCCAGUUCCGACAAAUUACGGUCCUCCUCCAUACGGACCACCAAUGCCACCGCCACCAUCAAGCUGGUAUGGACCAUACGGAAUACCACCUUGCGGUCAUUCGGGUUACAGCCAUGGGUGCCACCACUGCCAUCACCAUCACCGUCGUCAUUAUUGCUAAAAAGGCUUGGUUUAAACAAAUGUCAAUUGUACAAUAGUACUUAAGAUUUUAAUAAAGUACUAUUUAGCAAAAUAGGUCUUGAAAUGUAUACGUUUUUGUACAGUACUCGACGUAUUGAAUAUUGUAUUGAAAUUUCCUUAAACACUAUGAUUUUAACAUAGAAAUUUUAUGAGAAAGGUUUUAUUUUUGCAUCUAUAUACAUAAAUAGGAAAAAAUAAUUUCAAAGUUUUGUACUAUUUUUUUUUAUUAUUUAGACUUACUUUUACCUUAUAAUAAAUUCAUCUCUGUGAUC